UUCAGUUUUCAUUCAUUCAUUCAAUGUUUGCUUAUGAAAAAACACAAUGAAAUCAACAAAAUUGCCGUUCAUUUUAUCAAUUUUAUCAUUGAUUAAUCCACAUAUGAUGGCCAUACAUCCAUCAUCAUCAUCAUUAUAUGGUUUUAAUAGAUAUGGUGAUAAUAUUGAUGCAACAAUAAUUUCCAAACAAAAUUUACAUAUUUUACCAAUACAAAAUUUACAUACGAUACAAACGAAUCCAAUAAUUGAUAUAAAAUCAAAUAAUAAUUUAAUUACAAUACGUUUUAAUACAAUUAGUUCAUCAAUAAAUACAAUACAAAAACAUCAUGGUAUUCAAUCGAAAAUACAACAUUCAAAAUUUAUGGCCGAACCAGAUAUACUAAUACAAAAUAUACAAAAACCAAUCAUACAAAAAGUACAUGAAAUAAUACAACCAUAUCGUAAAAUUUAUCAAGAAAUAUUACCUGUAAAAGAAAAAAUUGAAACAAUUAUUUCAAAAGAUUCGAAUCAUCAAAAUCAUAAUGAACAAAAUUAUGAUAAUAUUUCAUCAUCAUCAUCAUCAUCAUUGAUUUCGAAAAAAUUGAUUCCUGAAAACAAUGAUAAAAAAAUCAAUGGAAAAUCAAUCGAAUAAUCAUUAAUCAAUCCAAUCAUACAUUGGUCAAUCGAAGUAAUAAAAAUUCCA